UUUGAUAAUUUGAAGUUGGGUCUGGAGCAACAACAAUAACCCGAGCAAUAACGUGAUGUCAACGUACAGCUGCUCUUUCGCCCAUCAGAUGGCUAUUGCCAUUGUUCUGCUGUCAAUUGUAUCGCACUUGUCGCCUGGACACGCACAGCAAAGCCUGACUAUAGACGAGCAACAGCAACCUGCAAUGCAAAUGCUCUUCAACGAGUUCCUCGGCUCCGUACCGGCUAAUGGCAAAACCAACUAUUAUGGUCAGCAGUUAAAGUACCAACAGAUGCAGCAUCAGCUGCGACAGCAGCAUUUGCGGCCAAAACAAUUGCCAAUCGUUUACUUUACUAACCACCAAUUGCCCUUUCUGCGCGAUCUAGUCAUGAACUCCGAUUACGAUUUAUUGGGGCACCUCGAGAGCUCUGAGCGAGAGCGUGAUCCGCAAGAAUCUCAGCUCCUGACACGCCUGCACAGACUGGUCGACAAUGCUCUUGAUGGCGAUGAUCAGCUGUUCAAACUGAGCUCCGGUGCUAAGCAGCACAAUAACAAGAGAAAUGCGCAGUUUCGUAAACAAUAUAUGAGGCCAUGUCAUUUCAAGAUCUGCAAUAUGGGACGCUAGCGCAAUACCGCCUCUACUUUACCCAUCCGAACCGAUUCACCGAAACAUCUCAAAGUUAAAAGCAGUUAAAGCCGGAAAAAUGCUAA